AUGUCCCAGUCCACUGUCCCCGAAGAAGGAGGCACCUUCGAGCACCUGUGGAGCUCCCUGGAGCCAGACAGCACCUACUAUGAGCUCCCUCCAGGCAGUCAGCCAGGUGAGCGGCCGGUGCCUUCCACCAGCACCCCGGGAGUCAUCAGUGCUGCAGAGGUCUCCAUGGACGUUUACCAAAUGAGGGACAUGAACGACAACGUGAUGUCCCAAUACAACUUGCUGAGCAGCAGCAUGGAGAGCCUGGGGAGCCGUGCGACGUCCGCCAGCCCCUACAGCUCCGAGAACGCCUCCUCGUCGGCCGUGCCCACCCCCUCACCCUACUCCCAGCCCAACUCAACCUUUGAGGGCCUGUCACCUGCCCCGGCCAUCCCCUCCAACACCGACUACCCCGGACUGCACACCUUCCAGGUGUCCUUCCAGCAGUCCAGCACCGCUAAGUCUGCUACAUGGACCUACUCUCCCUUGCUGAAGAAGCUCUACUGUCAGAUUGCCAAGACCUGUCCAAUCCAAAUCAAGCUGUCCUCCUCUCCUCCUCAUGGCAGCAUCAUCAGAGCCAUGCCCGUCUACAAGAAGGCGGAGCACGUCACAGAAGUGGUCAAACGCUGCCCCAACCACGAACUAGGACGAGACUUCAACGAUGGUCAAGCAGCCCCGGCCAGUCACCUGAUCCGAGUAGAGGGGAAUAACCUCUGUCAGUACGUGGAUGAUCCUGUCACUGGCCGGCAGAGUGUCUUCUUGCCGUAUGAGGCUCCACAGGUGGGGACUGAGUUUACCACCAUCCUGUAUAACUUCAUGUGCAACAGCAGCUGUGUGGGCGGCAUGAACAGGAGACCCAUCCUCAUCAUCAUCACUUUGGAAACCAGGGAUGGUCAAGUGUUGGGCAGAAGGUCGUUUGAAGGUCGGAUAUGUGCAUGUCCUGGCCGAGACCGCAAAGCAGACGAGGACCACUUCAGGGAACAACAGGCCCUGCAUGACAGUGUGUCCAAAAAUGGCAAUGCCAACAAGCGCAACUUCAAACAGAGUCCUCCAAAUAUUCCCAGUCCAAAUAUUAACAUGAGGAAGAGGCGGCAUGGAGAAGAAGAGAUUUACUAUAUUCCCGUUCGUGGCCGGGAAAACUUUGAGCUGCUGAUGAAAAUUAAAGACAGUUUGGAGCUGGUGGAGCUGGUGCCGCAGCCACUGGUGGACUCCUACAGACAACAAACACAGCAGCAACUUCUGCAGAGACCGAGCCAUAUAGCAUCCCCCUCCUCUUACUCUCCGCUGUCCAACAUGAACAAACAAAAUGCCCACGGAGGCCUCAACAAGCAGCCCUCAAUCAACCAGCUGGUGGGGCAGCAGCCCCAGCAACACCACACUGCCCCCACCUCCAUAGCGCAUAUGGGUUCAAACAUGCUCAACAGCCACCACAUGCAGGGAAAUGGUGAUAUGAAUGGUGGACACAGCAGUCAGACUAUAGUGUCUGCCUCCCACUGCAGCCCGCCCCCUCCGUAUAACCCUGACCCCAGCCUUGUCAGUUUUCUAACCAGUCUGGGCUGUCAGAACUUCAUUGAGUACUUCACCUCCCAAGGCCUCCAGUCUAUCUACCAUCUCCAGACUCUCUCCAUGGAGGAUUUAGGUGCACUGAAGAUACCAGAGCAGUUCCGUCUUGCCAUCUGGCGAGGUCUGCAGGACAUGAAACAAGUUGCUCCCCUGCAACUGCCUGCCUCCACUCAUCACCAUGACUACCAUGGCCAGCAGCUUCUUCGCUCCAGCAGCAACAUGACUGCAUCUGCCAUGGCGGCCAUUGGGGCUGCCAGCGGGGAGCUCCAACGUCAGCGCGUCAUGGAGGCUGUGCACUUUCGUGUCCGCCACACCAUUACCAUCCCCAACAGGUCGGGUGUCGUUGGGACGUCAGGGAUGGCAGCAGCUACAGAUGAGUGGGCCGACUUUGGUUUCGACAUGCCCGACUGCAAGCUGUCGCGUAGCAGGCACUCCAUCAAGGAGGAGUUCAUGGAAAGUGAUGUUCAUUGA